AUGACGAAAAAAGCAGACCAAGCAAAAAGCGCUUUAGUAUUUGAGAUAGAUCCAACGGAAUGUCCCUUCAGGGAGUUUCGAGAUAACGAGCUCCAACCUGAAUUCUGGGGACUUGGUCCAGCUGCUUGCCGAGCCACAAUGCUGCUAAGUAAGACUUCAACAAAAUCACCAGGAGACCAUGUGUGGGUGGAUGAGCAGACGCAACCGCUACCCCGGUCUGUGCGGCGAUACCUCCAUGGUUGGGUUCGAGCUGAAGAUUUAGCAAUGAGCAGAUGGGAAGCUGAAGCUGUGGUGUUUGAGGACAAUGGUGGAGGCAAGAUGUCAGUUGCAGACACACAACUGAGUCACUCUCAAGUACUGCUAAGAUCUUCAUUUUGCAGACGAAUGCUUUCCGCCUGUUUUAUUUUAGAAAGAAUAGAUGGUAUGGUGGUGGAACACCAAUGGGAGAACUUUGUUUUCAGCAUCGGACCAGAAGGUUGGAGAGCUAAGUACCAUAUCUAUUCGCCAGGUACUAAACCAGGUGGUGGAACGCAGCAUAGACCUGGGCUCUCUAAAAAUGGUUGCUAUCUCGUCCGCCUAUUCUAUCUUGGCGUUUGGCGGUGUAUUUGGGUCAGUGAUCAGGUUCCAAUAGAUGCAACUGGUGCACCAUUACUCCCAUUCUCUCCGCUUAUAAACCGCACUCCUGCAGCCAAGCCCAGGUUGAAGCAAGCUCCAAUUACCGUCACAUCGUCUGUGGUACACAUGUGGCCGUUGCUACUUUGUAAGGCGCUUCUCAAGGUGGCUGCCCCCGACAUGAAUUCCGAUGAAGACGUCGACUGUUUAGAGGAUGAGGCAUUCGAAGAAUUCAACAUCAUGCACUGUCUGACUGGAUCCAUGAAUAUGAUGUAUCACAUUACUGAUGCGGAAGAACUCUGGAAUCUGAUAUGCAAAGAAGUGCCACUAUUCUCGUGGGACGAUGACGACGACACCUUGACUAGUACUGUCAAGUCCAGGAAUACAAAGAAACCCAUCAACAAAGAGACCGCCGUCGUUAGGCGAGGAUCAAUAACAACUAUUGUGAUAGAAGACUCCAAGAAUCAACCUCCAUAUUCUUUGCCUGGUAUAACUCCUGGUCACGAGAUGGACCUGCUUAUCACCAUGGCUCGAGAUGUACCCUUGAAGAAACCACUGCCUGAACCCGAAGUAGCACUGUGGAAGCACUACCGAUGGAUUGACUGGGCUCGCCGCCACGGUCUCUACGAAGCUUACGACUGUCCCCGCACGAGGUUCCUCAAAGUCAGUAGUCUUCUGAAGUCCUCCUAUGCUCCUCAUCUGCUUGAUGUACAGAGCACUGAGUCUAUUACAUACUGUUUUCGAGAAGAACAUGGCAGAAAUACACCGAUAAAGAAAGGAGGUGGAAAAGAUGUGAUUCGAUCUAACACUGGCAUCUCUGUGACACAGCAAGUGAAGGAUGACAUGCGUGAAUGGAUGCAAUACAGUUCGAUAAAGGAACUAAUAAAAAAUAUCAACGUACUAUAUCAUCCUUCCAUGUACCAGUUCACAUCUGCCGCGAGCAAUCCCCCAAUACGAAUUACCAAAGGGACUGCCAAUAGAUCUCUCGAUAUUCAAGCACCAAAAUCAGCACCGCUUUACCUACAAAUCGACGGACCUGACGAGAAUGUCCUCAGAAUUUCACUUAACAUGCUCCAUCCAAGAGUUUUGUUCAAUUCAGGUGUGCCAAUAGUGGAUCAUAUUGAACCGGCGUAUUUGAUUUUGGAGAGAUUUGAAUGGUUCAAAGAUUGCGAGGUGCCAAUGGCUAAAGCGUUUAUUCAGACACGGGGCUAUGAUUCUGUGGAAAUUAAAUUUCCACCGGGCAGACAUGUCUGUAGAAUAUGGGUUCAUUCCCGCAUGAAUUGGCACUUAAUGUUGCUCAGUGAAUCCACUUUGCUUCUUGGUUCACGUGAUAUAAUUCAGUGCGCAGCAGUACGAGAAUGUUCUUGGGCAUCCCGAUACCUACUUAACAUUUCCACAGCUUUCUCUAACUGGGCUCGUAUUAAUAAAUCUAGUUUAAAUAUUAUUGAUGCAAACAAAGACUUUUAUAAAUCAUAUCAACCAGAUCUAAUAUGGGAUCCACAAGUUGUUGGUUACGACAAAUUAUUCCUGCAUUGGAUGUUCAGACAAGCUCUUCAAUCGUUUCUAAUGAAAAGGCUACAACAUGCAGAUUUUCGUGCAGUGUGUACAGUACUGAGGCAUUAUUUUCAUGAUCCUGAAUUUGGAAUGCUACAGAAGCCAUCGCCACCUAAAUCUUUAAGAGAAAUUGUCGAUGCUGAUCCCUGUGAUUGUAUUAUGCCUGAAUCUGAAGAAAUUGAAAUAAUAGAUGAGCAGAUAGAAGAACAGGUGUUAGAAGAAAAACCUAUAGUUGAUGCAGAAACAAUGGUAAAACUACUCAGAGCACCAGUAGUUCCCAUAACUUCUCAAGUUUGUGAGCUAGCUACUAAAGAAGUAUCAUGUGGUAUAUUGAAAGAUAAAAGAGAAAAGGCAAUUAGGCGACAUGAAGCUGCAACUAUAUUACAAGCACAUUGGAGAGGAACUUGGGCUAGAAAAUGUUUAAAUACACGUGUUACAUUUACACCUGAAGUAAUGAAAGCUGUCAUGGACAAUGCAUUUGGAAAUUUGGAAUCUUUAUCAGCCCUAAUGAAUGAAUUUUUCGGUUUAUAUCCUGGAACCAAAAAUGCAUAUUCUGUUGCGUCUGCAUUAAGCGGAGUAUAUGGAUUACAUCAGUAUAAUGGAUCUUGUCCAGUGACGCCACAAUGCAAGUGGAUACCUUACUUUCAAGGGGUUUUCUUCUGCCAUGGCGCUGUUAAAGUUCAUUUCGAUGUUCAAAGCUCCUUCCAAUACCAUUGUACUAUGGCAGUGUACAAUAAUGACACCGGUGUUCAAAUGCCUCAAGCUUAUAACUCUCAUAUCACUUUUGAUUUCCUUCCUAAUGCUCACGGCUACACAGUAACAGGACAUGGAACAGUGAACCAACCAAUUGGUUGCAAUCACGACGUGCAUUGGCAUUUAACUGUGUUAUGCAGCGUCAAGGGGGCAUUCCAUGUUUGUGACAACGAUAUAGAUUUCUGCAAAGAAACUCCACUGCCAUCAGCUAAGAAGCUGCAUUUUGAAGAAAUGUUCAUUCCUAAUAGAAGAAAUAUACUUGGCGGUAUCCAAAUAUCUGUGACCAAGCAUGAAGCUGUUAGUUUCAGAGCUGCUGCCACUUCACCUGAUCUAGAAAUAGAAGCUAUACUUCGCACCAAAUCUGAUGGUAUCGUUGAGGAGUUGGGCAGGUGUUCAGGGAAGGGUGAACUCUAUUGGCCAUUCAUAAGUCUGGAUCCAACACCACCUUCAUCUACGCCAGUUAAAAGACAUUCUACGUCUUACGCUAAUUUAGGCUCGGCUAAUCGAGAUUCGGCUUUAUUAAGCGCCCGUUCCCUAAAAUCUAAUAAAAUAGUAAAAGCUUCUGCAAGUGGAAAGAAUAGAUCAAAUACUAAGAUAAAAACGGCUCCUUCAGAACCGAAGGAAUAUUUUAUUGAAGUGAUUGCUACGAACGGUUGGCCUCUCACGCUUGCCCAAUGGAAAAGAGUAGGCGAAGUUCGCGAUGCGCCCGAAAUAUGUAAAUUAGAAACGCCUAUCAAAAAGACAGUGAAAGAUAAGGUUAAUUACAAGGAGAAAGAUAAGCAUCUGCCUGCACCAAUAUAUCAACCACAACCUGGUGAUGCUUAUACUGAAAUGGAAUGUUCCUUCGCCGUUAACGGUGGUGCAUACUGCAAGCGGGACGAUGUGAGGGACCUGGAGUUUGCUGCAGCAAGGAGAGCCUGGGAUGCAAAAGAACCGGGAAGAAAUCAGAGAGGAGCUCAAAUAAGGAAAGACUUUUGGGCUGAGUUUCUUGAAGCAGUACCACCACCUCCCUCUGAAAGCACGUUCUCAAUAAUAGAGGAAAUGGUUGGUGAAGAAUAUGGUGAUAAUGAAGAAGAGGAAAAGAAAUAUCAGCAGCAGAAUCACCAAGGACCUACGCCUGCCACUGAGAGUGGAUUAUUGGAAAUGACAGUGGAAACGGAAGAAGAAGCGAAGUAUUUAGUGAUGCCUGAGCAAUUGAGGGACAAAUUCAUACCUCUAUAUUUCUUACCGUUUUGCACUAAAGAGAAAGUUGAAGAGAACAGUGUCGUCUUGACACCUGAUAUUAUGGAAACAGCCAAGAAGGAUCGCCACGCCCGCAUUGAAGCCGCGCUGGGUCGUAUGAAGGAACUGCAGACCUACAACGAGUUAUACGUGCUUGGACGACAGAAGAAGAGAUGUCAACUUCUAGAGAAACUCUUUGUUGAUUCACAAUGGAAUCCAGAACUAGCUAAAGUUCUAAAUGAAAGAGAUGAAGCUAUAGCUAGGGAGACUCUCAACCGAACUUUGUCCGCUACGAAGAAAAAACAAGAAGUUAAAAAGAAAUAGUUUUAUAAAAAAAAUAAUUUCAGUGUUUGUUUAAGAUAAUGUAUGUUAUUAGCAAGUAAUACUGUUUUAAUUAAAGAACCAAUUUGAAUAAGUGUUGCCAGUUAUUACAAAAUAAAACAUGAAUUAAUUUUAAGUUUCAAUUUUUGUUUAAUAUGUUGUGUAUUAUUUAGCAAGAACCUCUAUAAUUAUAACAAAAAAAGUCAAUUUCUGUUUUUGGUUAAUUCUAAAUAAAACAUUAAGUAAUUUUGAA